CGUCAUGUAAAAAUAUAUCGGUUGACGUCAUAUUCCUCGUGAAUCAAAUAUGGCCGACUCCAGUGAUUCAGAGCAGUUUUCAGACGGGGAGAGUGAUGGUGAUUUUGAAGUUUUAAGCGGUAGCUCAGAAUCUGAAGAUGAGAUGAAUGAUGUUCCAAUGAAUGCCAAUCCUUGGUUUCGAGUUAGACCUCCGGAGAUUGACUAUUUACACGACCAAAGAUUUGUAGAGAACAGUGGCCCUCAGAAUGUCCCUGCUGCCGACGCUAAACCUAUCGACUACUUCUUGCUGUUUCUGACACUUGAUUUUCUACGACACAUUGUCAGAGAGACAAACAGGUAUGCACAAGACUUCAUCACUAGUCAGCAGAGGAUAAGAAGAUUUUCGCGUCUUCAUUCCUGGUUUAAAGUUGGUGCUGUAACUUUAGAUGAGAUGAAAGGAUUUAUAUCAGUAAUACUUAACAUGGGCAUCAUACGUAAACCAUCCAAAUAUAUAUCAAAAUUAAAAGAGGAACACAUAAUAAAUCUGCCAUAA